CUCCAGUUGUCGUACCAACCUAGCGACCAAAAAGUGUGACAAAAUGUCAUCAAAUUGAGGAAAAUCGCGGUUUUUUCGUUAAAAAUCCGCCGAACCGGUUUCUGUAAUCGAUCAAUCACGUUAUUCCCUCCCAGGAAUUGUGAUUCCCCCGUAAAAUCAGCGAACUCCAGUCAAUAUAUCCCGAAAUCUCGCGGAGAAAUCCCUGAUGACUCGCCACAUUACGUCAUCACAAAAAUGAAAUGGUGGUUGUAUCGGUCGGGCGUUGUAAAUUAAAUCCAAAGGAAACGUAAAAAGUCGUUCGAAAAACUCAUUAAUUCCACGUAAAUUAAGUGCAAUUUGUCGUCUCGUGUAAUUUGUACAUUCAUAGGAUUUAAGCCAUGUCGGACCGCAAAGCCGAACUGGAGAGGAAGAAGGCCCGGCUCCAGGCGCUGAGGGAGGAGAAGGACCGCCGGCGCCGGGAGAAGGAACUCAAGGAUGUGGAGGAGGCGGCCAACAGGGUGAUUUUGGGGACGGAAGGAGACAGGAAGGAGUUGGAUGAAAUGCUCAGCUCGUUGGGGGUUGCCCCCGUUUCGGAUAUUUUGUCGAGUAUUUCGAGCGCGAACUCGCUCACGCCCGACCACAGCCACAAUCACACCCCGGACACGUCCCUCCUGCCCCACAGUUCACCCAACAAUCUUAGUCAUGCAAAAAAACGCGCUCCGAAUUUGAGCGUAGUCCAGGUACAGUCCACCAACAUACCACCGAAAGAAACCGUACUUUACACAAAACAAACACAAACAACGGCAACAGGACACGAACGGGACGAUUUUUUUGGAUUUUCUUCAUGGAAGAAGUGCUACAUGGAGGACUGGUGGAGGCCACGAAAAGCUCAUGCAACCGAUUACUACGACGAAUACAAUCUAAAUCCGGGUUUAGAAUGGGAGGACGAGUUCACAGUUUUGACGUAUGACGAUGGACAAGGUGAAGACGAAGAAGGUAGUCUUCCACAUUUGGGCGGAUUCGGCAGCAAACUACCACCGGGGAUUCUACCACAUGGGCUCCCGCAGGUCAAGGAGGUGCAGCCGGCCGUUACGGCCCUGGAGCAGGAACAGGCCAAACAGGAGGUCAAGGAAGUCCGGGAACUGAGCGAGGAGGAGAAGCAGAUGAUCAUCCUCUCUGAGGACUUCCAGCACUUUGUAGAUAGGGCGGGACGAGUGAUGGAACGGGUCUUGUGUGAAAAUGUGGAUUAUUACACUGAUUACAGCGGAGGAGCGGGAGAAGAAGGAUUAGAUGAGAAAUCGCAUCAGCGCAUCUCUCUCAAUCGCUACUUCUUCGACGAGCGAUGGUCGCGUAAUCGCUGCGUUACGUCGAUGGAUUGGUCGCCACAGUUUCCCGAAUUACUGUUGGCUUCCUACAACAACAACGAAGACUCGCCGAACGAUCCCGAUGGCGUGGUUUUGAUUUGGAAUACCAAAUUUAAGAAGGCAACGCCUGAAUAUAUUUUUCAUUGUCAAAGUGCUGUGUUGUCGGCGAAAUUUGCACGAUUUCAUCCGAAUCUCAUCUUGGGUGGUACUUAUUCGGGACAGAUCGUCCUGUGGGAUAACCGGGUGCAGAAGCGGACGCCCAUCCAGAGGACGCCCUUGUCGGCCUCGGCACACACGCACCCUGUCUACUGCUUGAGCGUGGUGGGCACCCAGAACGCACACAACCUGAUAAGUAUCUCGACUGACGGUCGUCUCUGCUCCUGGUCGUUGGACAUGUUAGGCCAGCCUCAAGAGACCCUUGACUUGCACCGAAUGCAAUCGAAACCCGUGGCUGUGACAUGUUUAGAUUUUCCACAUUCCGACGUUAAUAACUUUGUGGUAGGCAGCGAAGAGGGGGCUGCAUAUUCGGCGUGUCGUCACGGCGCCAAGGCCGGAAUUACCGACACUUACGACGGCCACCAGGGCCCCAUCACUGGCAUUAGCGUGAAUUCGGUCCAAGGUGGGAUUGAUUUCUCACACAUGUUCUUGACGUCGUCCAUCGAUUGGACCAUCAAGUUGUGGAGUUUGAAGGACUCGAAACCGAUCUACUCAUUCGAGGACAACGGCGACUACGUUUUGGACGUGAAGUGGUCUCCGGCCCAUCCGGCCCUUUUCGCGGCCGUGGACGGGAGCGGGCGGCUAGAUUUGUGGAACCUGAACCAGGACACGGAAGUCCCUGCUGCCAGCGUGACGGUCGAGGGAAACCCGGCCCUGAACCGGAUCUCCUGGACUCCGUCGGGCCUCCACGUGACUGUCGGCGACAACCAGGGGAAGAUUUGGGUGUACGAUGUGGCGGAAAACUUCGCACAUCCGAGACACGACGAAUGGAACAAGUUCUUGUAUACGACGCAAGAGUUGCGCAACAAUCAAGUCGAUGAAGAAUUAGAAAAAUUAAAUUAUUCAGUCUCCAAUACUCCUUUGUCUAGUAUGGGCUCCAUUACAACCACUCCUCUGCGAUAAAUAGCCAAUUUAAUCGACUAGCUCUAAUUUAUUAUCAAGUGUUAUAAACGGUUUUGAUUUUUGCAGAUGCGGUCUGGGAAUCGGAAGAGUAUUGGUAACGAAACGUACUAAAAAACAGAACGGCGGAUUUAUUUUUUUGGCCAUUGUAUCAUUGCUUGGAUCAGUGUAAUUCAGCUGUAGUUAAGUACCAUUAUUCUGAAUACUUACUUAAAUAAUUUCGCUUGUAAAUAGCUAACUUAUUUUGUUUUUUUUUUAUAUUAACAAGUAACUUUUUUACAUUGUUAUUUUGUACCAUACGUGCCGUUGUAAACAUAUUUAUUUGAUUAAAUUGCAUUUAUCAUUGGUAUUUUGAAAUUCGUCAAACGAGACUUUAAACCGAGGUGUAAUAAAUUGUUUACUGCAA